AUGGAUCCUUCGGAUCCUUCCGCAUACGUGGAUCCUCAGCUCACCUUUCAAGACAAACUGGUACUUGAGGUUCUAUCUAAAAAGUCAUCAAAUGGUGAUACCAAAGCAAAUGCCCAGAAGCUCAGCGAUGAUGAAAUAAUCAAAAAGCUCGAGGGCAUGAACAACCCAUCCGAUCCAUCAUUUGAUCCUACUAUUUUCCAGCUCUGGGAAAAUGAUGUGCUGCGGGCUAAGCUCCCUGAGCCAGUUCAACGUUUUAUCUUACAGCCAUAUGUGGAAUGGGCCAAAGGCGUCGUCCGAGUCCCUACGGAUGUUGUUAUGCUUACGCAUUUGAUACUCUAUUUCACAACCAUCGUCCCAAGCGCAUUCUACCUAUUCUAUCACUUUACAUGGAUCCAUGGUAUUUUGCACUGGGCCUUGAUGGGCUUUUACUGUGGUGCUUUCACCUUGAUGAGGCAUCAGCAUAUCCACGGUAACGGAAUUCUGGCUCCUCAGUACUGGGUCUUGGACACAUUGUUCCCGUACUUGCUUGAUCCACUGCACGGACAUACAUGGAACUCCUACUUCUAUCACCAUAUGAAGCAUCACCAUGUCGAGGGCAACGGCCCCUAUGAUCUGAGCUCUACCAUGUUCUACGACCGUGACAGUGUGCUUGACUUUGCUUGCUACGUGGGUCGGUUCUUCUUUUUUAUCUGGGUCGAGCUCCCACUCUAUUUCUUCAACAAGGGACAAUACAAAAAUGCCACCAGAGCUGCAUUCUGGGAACUCAGCAACUAUUUGACCUUCUACUGCCUCUAUAACUACGUCAACGCCCGUGCAACCGUCUUUGUACUCAUUCUCCCAUUUAUUGUCAUGCGGAUUGGCCUGAUGUGUGGAAACUGGGGCCAGCACGCUCUUGUCGAUGCAAGUGACCCUGAGUCAGACUGGUUGUCCAGUAUCACUCUGAUUGAUGUUCCCAGCAAUCGUUUUUCUUACAAUGAUGGCUACCACACUUCUCAUCACUUGAACCCUCGCCGUCACUGGAGAGAUCAUCCCGUAGCUUUCCUCAAACAGAAGGACCGUUAUGCCGAGGAACGAGCUCUGGUGUUUCGCAACAUUGAUUACAUCUUUAUCACUGUGCACUUGUUGCGCAAGAAUUACAUUCAUUUGGCGAAAUGUCUCAUUCCGACUGGUCCACACGCCAACAUGACUGUUGAGGAGCGAGCAGAGAUGUUGCGUGGUCGCGCUCGCCGGUUCAGCCCGGAUUACAAAAAGCAAAACUAG